AUGACUAUAGUUCUAGCCAAUAAGGACAGGGAUUUUUAAAAUCAGGUGUUUCCUGGCCUGCUGUUCUCAAUUCCCCAGUUUGUUGUCUGUUAGAUUCUGUGCCUAGCUUGUGGAUACGAUAGCAGAAUGCCUGUGAAUUUAAAUUUUCAUGUAGGAGUUCUGUUGCUAAGCUCCCUGUUACUUCCCCUUGUAGAUUAUGCUACUGCUCAGAGAGGAGCCGUUGUGUCAGAGUGUCGGGAUCGAUACUUGCUGAUUUCUGUAGACCAGAAGAUUAGGACCAAACCGCUCCGCGUCGAGGCUAUAGAUGCUACUGGCGUUUAUCCAAUUGAUGGGAAGUAUGCGGCGACAUGUGGUUACACACACAGCGCAUUCAGCAUGGACGGCUACAUCGCGCUCCGAGCCUCUUACUACUCCUGCCACACAGAGAACCAGAACGACCAGCUAUUCACCUUCAAGUUCAAUAUCAUGUCCACUGACGACCUGGGCAAAGAGGCCGUCCACCACGUGGCCAAAACCUGCUCUCUCCCCCUGCCCUGGUCAGAUAGGGAGGUCACCUGCGAGGAGAACUACAUGGAGGUAACAGUAUGGAGAGAUGCGCACUGCACACCCAAUGGGCCCUCCAAAAAUGCAUGGGACUCAACUCUUUCUGCAGCCCAAGCAUCUAUGGUCUCUGGGUGGCAUCUAAUGUUCCUAGAGGAUGGACAGGAAAGGACCAUGUCCGUUGCUGAUGCCCAUGCACUCGGGUAUGGGGUGGGCGCUACUGCGAACCGGGUUGUGUUCCGCUCGGCCUACCUGCAGCGUCACUCUAACAUUUCGAAGGUUGAUGAUAUAUCAGUGGUGGAGAUCCACACAACUAUGUUCUUCAGGCAGAAAUGGAUGGUAAAAAUGGUGGAUAUAUCUGCUGCCUGCACAAUAAAUCCCAGUGAUUUUGAUGCUGAGACACUGAGGGUAUUCUGGGAGAUUCCAACGGUCAUGACGCCGCUAGUAUAUGAUCGCUCGGAGUUUGUGAGCAAGCAGGUUAGCCUGGGUGUGGAGGGCAUGCUUCUAGAUGAGAACACAUGGAAAGCGAGGGGCUACUCGAUGGACAUCAGAGGGCCGACGACACAUUUGAGCAUCCCCUUUGGUGCAGAAGGAGGCUACAGAAGGAGCCAUGUCCUUAACAAUACCUAUAACGAUUUCUACAUCAUCUACCUCUACUAUGAGCAUCUUUUCAUGGAUGGUGUCCUUGAAACUAGGCAUCGUAUACCCAGGGCAUGUUCAACUCCACUACUGCCCCAGUAUCCUUUCACAAUUGACCAAACUGUCCUUGGAGAAUUUGUAUUCACUGUGUACCUGGGCAAUUUCCCUUCGGAUGUGGAACUGGUUGCAGUGAGACUCAAUACAGAGACCUUCUCGGUAUCCGAAGCGUUUCAGAGUGGUUACACCAUCUCAGAGAUCCCUCACCUUAACGGAACCCAUGCCUAUAUUAUCAAGGUCCCUUUCGAAGACCGCAUUGUCCCUAGGAUGUACCUGGGAGAAGGAUUGCUGCAGUACUCACUGGACAUAAAUUACACUCUGAACAUCAUUCCCCAGCAAGAACCUUACUAUCACCUUGCUUCUGUUGUGGCUCUCAUUAAGGAUGCCUUUCCACCAGACUUCACAGCAGUCUGCACAGAAAGGAGCAUAAUCUUCAAGGUGGCUCAUCAAAACCUGGGAUAUGUGUGGGAGGUCACUAUUGGGAAUUACCCACUGACACCUCAGUUGGCAGCAAAGCGUGGCUACAUCCUGCAGAACAACAGCCAGAGCUUGACCCUGGAGGUGCCAGUCUUCAGAAUUGGCUACAUAUAUGAGGAGAUUACCCUGAACCAUUUCUUUGGCACCUUUGAAGUUCUCACAAGGGAUGCUAAGACGUUGGACAUCCAAAAGUCGACUGCUAAGCGCUGCCUCUUCAACACUCAUGAACUCAUAGUGUGUUCUACCGAUGGAGUGAUGACGGUGGUGGCCAGCCUUGCAGCAGCCAUUCCACCUGUGGCACCAAGCAGCACCACUCUCCUGGACAAGAACUGCAAGCCUUGGGAAGUUAACACCAACCGAGUUCUCUUUGUAUUUGGUGUGAAUACAUGUGGCACCAGAGUGCUGGCUGACGAUCGCUACAUAGUCUAUGAAAAUGAGAUCGUCUCUCACCGGCAGUUUGAACCAGAGGAGGCACCCAAGAUCACCAGGGACUCUGUAUUCAGGCUUACAGUACAGUGCUUCUAUGAAGUCAACUCGACCAACAGACUGUUUGUGGAUAAGAUGUUCAAGUCUGAGACACCUGGCUUUGGCUCCAUUAAAGUGGAGGGGAGUUCACCCAAAGAAUAUGGAAAGGUGCAUGAAUCCACCCCCAUCCACUCUGACACAGCUUCCUAUCUCUCUAGUAGUUAUAGUGCUUCCCACAGUGGUAGUGGAGUUUACCAGAGUGGAAGUCGCCCAAAUGGUUAUUCAGCUUCUCGAGUUUACACUGCUAAUGUGGUUGCUGAGAACCACAGUGGUAGCCGUUCUCAACAAGCCCCAAACAAUGUCCAACCAAGUCUCAAUAGAACUCCUGGAGUUAAAAAUGUCCCAGGUCACUAUGGCACUAGUGAGGGCAGCAGUACUACUCAACGUGUCUCUAGUCAAUACAUAGCUCCUCAAACAGGAACCACCAAACGUGAACCCAGCAGCAUUCAUUCAACUGCAACCUCUAGUCCCUAUAGCUCUGAUCAAAGCAGAAGCCAUCCAAACAGGCAUUCAGCUUCCCAAGUUCAUUUUAACAAUGUGGUUCCUAGCACCCAAACAGCCACUAAUGGUGUCCAACCAAACCUUAGUAGUUAUGGAGCAGCUGGCAUUCAAAAUAUCCCCAGUCACUAUGGCAAUAGUGAAGGCGGCAGUACUAAUCAACAUGUCUCUAGUCACUACAUAGCCCCUCGCACAAGAAACGGCCAACGUUAUCCCAGCAGCAUCUAUUCAACCUCAACUUCUAAACCCUACAAGACUGAUCUGAACAAAAGGCAUCCAAACUGGUAUUCAGCUUCCCAAAUUCAUUCUACCAAUGUGGUUCAAAGCACCCAAUCAACUUCUAACCGUGUCCAACCAACCCUCAGUAGCUCUGGAACUGUUAGCAUUCAAACUGCUUCUGGUCACCAUAGCAAGGGCAGCAGCACUACCAAACACGUCUUUAGUCGCUAUACAGCUCCCAAUGCAGGAACUACACAAUAUGGACUCGGCAGCAUCCAUUCAACCUCUAGUCCCUAUGGCGCUGCGCAGAUUGAAAACCCUCUACACGGGUAUUCCGCUUCCCAAGGUCAUGUUAAUAAUGUAGUUUCCAACACUCAAGAAGGCAGCCGCACUGGACAUGUCCUCAGAAUUGGCUAUGGAGUUGGAAGCACAUUUGUCCCUGGUCACAAUAGCGACAACAGCGUUAUCCAGCAUGAAAGCACCCAGCAUACCUCUAGCAAUGACCAAUCUGUUCCUGCCCAAAAUGGACUUACUCAAAGCACAAGUGCUCUCAGCAGCCAAGAACGUCCACAGGACAGCAGAUACUACUCCAGUGGCAUGGAGGCUGUCUCCAGUCUCAGUGGAGGAAUCUCAGUUUCUUCCAAGGUCAACUGUACUUCCAAGAGUUCAAAAGCUGGACCAAGCAAAUUUAUACAGGUUCAAAGAGAUUCUCGUCAUGGUUAUAGAACACAUGCACAGCGAGCCAUCAAGAGAGGUCAAGAUGACUCCUGAGUGGAAAAUGUGCCCUCAUACUUUUAAGGUUACAGUAUUUCAACCUGAAAUUUGUCCCUCUGGCUCUGGAACUGUGAAAGUGGUUAACCUUAAAUGCUUGAAUAAAUUUGCGAUCUCCAUUCACAAAUUAA